GUCCGUGGCCAACGAACAGACGCCGAACGUGCCCUAAAGAAUGAAGAGAAAAAACUUUCUGAUGUCGUCGCAAAAUUGGAUCCCAUUAGUGCUGACCUCAUGCUUUAUCGGAAAAAGUAUUCCGAGCUAGUGCAAUAUCAAACUGAAGCUCGCUCUGACGGAGAUCUCAAGGAAGCUAUCGAGCAGGCCGAGGUCCAGCUUCUUUCAAAGCAGAAUACACUGUCUGGUACCGAGAGCUCACUCAAAACGAUCCAGCGGCAGAUUGAAAGUAAGGAGGGCAAGAGAUCCGGUCUACUCGUCAAGAAGACUCAGGUGGAGGUCGAAAUCAAGACAUCGACAGAGGCAGAAGAAAAGCAGGCACAAACCGCGGUCGACGAAGCGCGCGCGGCUCUUGUCCGGGUGGAACAGUCCAUUUCCACCACAGAAAAGGCGCUUAAAGAUAACGCCAAUGAGAGCGCUGGGGUUAAAAGGAAGUUGGAUCGGGCCGCAACGUUCAGCGCCGAGCUGGAAAAGGUUAACCAAAAGCUCAAGGAAGCGACCGAGGCUCGUGAGGCCUUGGAGGAUUCAUCGGACGCAGGAGAUAAGGAAGCGCUUGAUUCACUCACUGCUAAACGAACUGAAGCGGAGGCCUCCAUUGCCCGUCUGGACGCGAAAAUCGGGGAGUUACAGCGAUCUGCCAUGGUCAGUCACGAACGCGAUCUGCUGCAGAAGAACCGACAGUCAAAAGUAGAGGCUGUGAGGAAACUGUAA